UUCAAACGUAUUUCCUGAUUGGUUUCCUGAAUGGAAAUUUCUGAUUUAACCCUGAACGAGUCUUGUUUCGUCUGACACUCAACUUAAUGGAUUCGUCCCGGGGUUACUCGAAAACCACCCCUAAUGACCAGAGUUGAAAAAGAUGAAAGGCCCCUAGCUGAUUGGCUGGCCCCAAUUGGCUGUAAUCGGGGCCCCUGCCCCGCCCUCAAAAAGCCAACCUGGGACUAUUUCUCAAGCCGGGCUGAGCGGACUCACUUUCGGGGUCACCCCGAUAGCCCCAAUGCCACUUUAAAAGAUGGAAAAUUAAGUGGUGCCACAUAAAAAUAAAAAUAAAAAAAAAAACCAAAAAAAGGCCUACCGACCAAUGAAGGAUCUCCUGACAAUUCAUCUAGAAUAUCGAUUACGCUAAGGUAAACAAUCUAUUGCUUUUAGAUAACCCCGUUUGAAACCCGAACGGUGCCUUGCCCCGAAACUCCGAAAUGCGCACCCCCAGUCCCCCCUCCCCGCUUCCUAUGGGGGAAGUGAAUUGUUACGCCAGGUGCGCUGCUGUAGCCGUCAUCAGUUGUUUUGAUCGGGAACUAGAUUUUAAAAGCAAAAUUCAACAAGUUUUAAAACUAUUAAGAAGAAUCCGUAAUCGGAACAGAAACCUAUAACGUUUUUACGGACGCAAUGGCGUCAAGUUCAUCCAAGUCGUCCAUAAAGCUAAUAGGGACAGCCAAGAAAAUAGAAUCACCUUUAGCCAAGUAUAAUAGUGUUGGACAACUGACUUGCAUUGUCUGUAAUAGUGUUGUCAAAAAUGAGUUGGUCUGGACUGCCCAUGUCAACGGCAGGCAGCAUCGGGAAAAAGUUGUUGCUUUAAAAAAGCCUGUAAUUGAAAACCAGUUCAUGAAGCCUAAACAGAUUCCAGCUAUCAAACGGAAAGCAGAAUCCCAUACAACCUCAGAUGGUUCUGUCGAUAUGCCAGCAAAAAAAGGAGUACCUAGAGAUUUUUUUGAUAACCAGCCUCGUAUGUUUGGUGCAAUGUCUGCUCCAAUGGCCAUCAAAAGUAUUCUCAAAAAUGCAAGAAAGCCACCACAGCAUGAUCCCAAUGUGGUAAAGGCUGAAGUAUCAAAAUCGGUAGAAGAUAUGGAAACUGAUGAUGGAUUUGAAACAUCCAAUAAAAUACCAAGUGAAAAUGAAAAGUUGACUUUACAUCAAGUAGACACUAUCAGUUGUAAUGCUAUACCAGAAGGCUUCUUUGAUGACCCUAAGAUGGAUGCAAAGGUCCGUCAAAUUGAAUUUAAAGAUCCUGUAGAAGAGGAAUGGAACAAAUUCCAAAAAGAAAUUCAUGAUGAAGUUACUGCAUCUGUUGCAAUUCAAGAAGAAGAUCAAGAGGAAUCUACAGCUGAAAGACAGCUAGAGGAAAUAGAGGAGCAAAUGUUGAAGUGGAGACGAGUUCUUGAGCUUGAACAAAAGAAGGAAUUGUACGAGCAGCGAGUUCGAGCCCUUCGUGAAUCAAUGGUAGAAGACAAGAGCACAAGUUCCAGUGACGAUGACGAUGCGGCCAUGGAUAAAUUUUUUGACUGGCGAUCUAAAGCCACCUCAUGAUUUAUAUGAUUGUAUAAUACGGUGUGCGUAUUAAUUGUGUGUGAUGUUAUGUUUAAUAGACUCAUAAUGUAUUUCA